AUCAUACUACAUCCAUACUUUUAUUUAUUUGGGUCCAAUCUCAAUCGUAAAUUCAUUAUGCUCUUAUAACUCGUAGUUCAUCAGAUUUGAAUCAUGGAGGAUGCUACCGUUUUACAGGAUAGAGACGGCAGAUUCUUGACCAAAGCAAUCGAGGAAGCUUAUAACGCGGUUGAAUUUGGACAUGGAUCUCCUUUUGGUGCUGUUAUUGUUUGUAAUGACGAAGUAGCUGUUAGCUGUCACAACAUGGUUUCGAAGUACAGAGAUAUAACUGCACACGCAGAGGUUACAGCCAUAAGAGAGGCAUGCAUAACGCUCAAUCGACUGGACCUAUCGGAUUGUGACAUGUAUGCAUCUUGUGAACCAUGUUCAAUGUGCUUUGGCGCUAUAGAAUGUUCAAAGAUUAAGAGGUUAAUGUAUGGAGCUAAAGCUGAAGCUGCAGCAGCAGCGGGUUAUAAUUCUUUCAUAUCUGAUGCAUUGAGGGGCACUGGAGCUCAACCAAAGCCUAACCUCGAAAUCAAACAUGCUGAUGGGGAAUUAGCUAUCAUUGCCGAGCAAGUAUUUGAGAAGACCAAGGCCAAGUUUUCUAAGUAGUGAAAUUUCUCAAUUUCCAAUGCUUAAGAAUUACUCUCUCCAUCGUAUAAUAUAGUGCUUACUUCUCAUUUUUCACGGGAAUUAAGGAAAAUAGAAUGAGUAAUAGGAUUUCCAAAAAAAUAUAUUUAAUAAAGUGCUUUUUUGAUAUUUUUGUAUUGAAACUAGUUAUUUCUUUUCUUUUUCCUUUAAAUAAAAUCAAAAGGCAAUAAGUGUUCCUUGGAAUGGUGUAAAGCAAUAAAUGGAGUCACAUGUUUUAAGAGAAAAGUAGGGGUAUUUUGGAAAGUUUGUGUAGAAAUUAAGGAUAAUUUAGUCCAAAUAAAUUGACAAAAAAGAAAAUAGGCACAACAUUUUGGGACACCAAAAAAGGAAUGUAAGCACUAUAUUAUGGGACGGAGGGAGUAUUACAGCAAUAAGUCAAACUUUGGAUAAACCUUUCCCAUCUCAUUAAUGGAUCAGAUUAUGGUUGUAAUAGAAGGUACAGGGUUUUUACUUGAUAAAGUAAAAAAGAUUCAUGAUUAUAGAAAAUUCUGAUACCAUAUCAUAUUAUACUAAGCAGCUAUCAAAAAUCUGAUAUUCGUAAUGGGUAUUCCUAU